UCGAUGGAUGGAGUGAGACUCACGACGCGGACAUGACUGAGCGAGAGAGAAAAAGAGUAGAAAGAAAGAAGUAAUCUGAAUUCACUUUGGUCCGAUUCGUUUCUAAAAAAAAUUCUGAAUCUUUCCAAGAACAACGAUGGCUAUGGCCACUUUGGAUCAGCUCCACUAUAACCUGUUGAGGAAACCCGAGCAGGAGAAGAUCACUCCCGAAGAGCUAAGUGUUAUUAACUCGUGCUAUCUCAAAGCUUUGUGGACUGCUGGGUUUGCCUCUGGUGUUGUAGGAGGUUUAACUUGGCUAGUGACAAAAAAGUUGAUAGCGGGAAGAGUAUUUGAGAGGCGUUGUCUUGCAGGAGGAGUGGCUUGUGGAAGUUUUCCUACUACUUGGGACAGGGCAAGUUCGAAAGUUGCAGUUACUUACCUUGAUCGUAUCCUUAGCCAAGAAUAUGGAACACGGAUGCAGAAAGAGCUCGCGAAUGUCUUAGUCAGGUACAAUGAAGGUGAAGCUUGGAGGUGGCAACUUAUGUCCAAGCAUUUCUACACCGAAGCUGUUUACGGUGAUGAAGGAGGCAAACCUCAAAUGCGUUGGCGUAGUAGAACCACUUUCACAGAAAUUGUUGCCUCUUCUUAUAAUGAUACCAAAUCUCAGAAAAACCACAGUGGUUUACCAAAUCGAGGAGGCAUCUCUAAUGGAUUUGAUGCAUCAAAGACUAAACCAAUGCUCCAAAAUAGUCGGGAUGGCGAGAUGGUAGAAGAAGAUGCUCUUGACAUUGUAUUUGGUGGUCCAGAGCCAACUGAGAGCAGCAUUCCUGCUGCGCCAGUUAUUAGUUCAAAGGGUUCAGGAGGCAAAACGCAAACUCGCAAACAGAAAAGAGCUCAACGAAGACAAGAGACUUAAAAACCGUGAAACUUCCACCACCACAUAUAAUACUCCUCACUACGAACUUGCAGAGUAGAGAAGACAAGAAACAGUUAUAUGUCUCUUCUGCUUGAUGUUUUAUCACAAUGGCGUAUUUGUUCUAUUUAGAUCACUUUAGCUAAUCGAUGGAUCCAAGUUUUUAAUUCCAAUAAGGAUGAUGAUUCUGUAAAAGAAUACAUUUUGAAGUAAUAAAAUGUUUUCAUUGUACCGAA